GGGGAAAUAUCGCCACCAUAAUUAAUGCUGGUGGUAUUGCGCUUGACCUUUAAUUGGUUUUAAUUAAAAACGUACAAUGUAUUUUUCAGUCGUUGCUAUUUGAAGUCCCUUGUAUUUCUGGGCACAAAUGUACCUUAUUUCUUUUUUCUUUUUUUUUUUAAACAAAUAUAAACAUGAUUAAGGGGGAAGUCGUAAUUAAUCUCACGCUGUCCAACACUGACCCCUGCUGGUGCUUUCGUGGUAAUGACACUCUCCGUUGACAUCACUGCGUCCUCCGUUGCUAGGCAAUUCCCCGGAAGGACCAAGCCCAGAACGACGUCGUUAAAUGACAAGACUGUGAGACUUCUUUUGCAAAAAUUGCAAAAAAUGCAAUUUAAUUGAAUUGCAUGGUAGAGUUUUCCCGAAUGCAUGUGUUAUUACGUUUUUUUUUUUAAUGACUUUUACUGUGAAGAGUAGUGUGUCCGUCGUGGGCGUUGUCACUGAGUGGAGCUUCACGACGCCUGGAUCAAUACAUGUAGCUGCUAACAUGAAAGCACAUUUUUUUAGUUAGAGCUAUGGGUGCUGCUGUCAGGCUGUGCUGCCUGUUGUUUUCUAUGUCCUCUUGUUGAGUGAAGACUCUUUGGUGAGAUUACAUCACUGUCAGGGUGAUGUCCGCCCAGCCUCUGCAGCAGUACGGAGAGGAUACAGCAGCCUGCUAACUGAGCCAGCCCGGCUAGCUGAUGCUGAUGACUGGCUGUUUCCUGACAUUGAUUUGCAGUGGGAGGCACGUACCAUGGCCGGUAAGGUGAAGUGGGUGACAGAUAUUGAGAAAUCUGUGCUCAUCAACAACUUUGAGAAGAGGGAAUGGACUCAAGUCACAGAAAGCGACGACUGGAAUUUCUACUGGAUGAGCAUCCAGACCAUCAGAAAUGUGUUCAGCGUGGACACCGGCUACCGCCUGUCAGAUGACCAGAUGGUGAAUCACUUCCCCAACCACUACGAGCUGACCAGGAAGGACCUGAUGAUCAAGAACAUCAAACGCUAUCGCAAGGAGCUAGAAAAGGAAAGCAGUCCGCUGGCAGAGAAGGACGAGAACGGGAAAUACAUUUAUUUAGAUUUUGUCCCUGUGACGUUUAUGCUCCCGGCCGAUUAUAAUCUCUUUGUGGAGGAGUUCCGCAAAAACCCGUCCAGCACAUGGAUCAUGAAGCCCUGCGGGAAGGCUCAGGGCAAAGGCAUCUUCCUCAUCAACAAACUGUCCCAGAUCAAAAAGUGGUCCAGAGACAGCCGCACCUCCACCUUUGUAGCAGCAGCUAGUGGCAAAGAGGCCUAUGUCAUCUCCCUGUACAUCGACAACCCUCUGCUGAUAGGAGGGAAGAAGUUUGACCUGCGACUCUAUGUUCUGGUGACCACAUAUCGGCCUCUGAAAUGCUACAUGUACAAGCUCGGCUUCUGCAGGUUCUGCACGGUGAAGUACACACCCAGCACCAGUGAGCUGGACAACAUGUUUGUUCACCUGACUAAUGUGGCCAUCCAAAAACACGGGGAUGACUACAACCAUGUCCAUGGAGGCAAGUGGACGGUCAGUAACCUCCGUCUGUACCUAGAGAGCACCAGAGGGAAGGAGGUGACCAGCCGACUGUUUGACCAGAUCCACUGGAUCGUGGUGCAGUCGCUCAAAGCUGUGGCUCCCGUGAUGAACAACGACAAGCAUUGUUUUGAAUGUUACGGGUAUGAUAUCAUCAUCGAUGACAAGCUUAAGCCGUGGCUUAUUGAGGUCAACGCCUCUCCCUCGCUGACCUCCAGCACAGCCAACGACCGCAUCCUGAAGUACAACCUCAUCAACGACACUCUCAACAUCGUCACACCCAAUGGGGAACUCCCAGACUGCCGCUGGAAUCGCAGCCCGCCCCGAGAGGCCCUGGGCAACUAUCAAGUCCUGUACGACGAGGAGCAGGCGCAGAGCGAGAAUGCGGAGCGCGAGCUGCGGAGCCGCUCAGGUCAAUCCCUCGGGUCUAAGGGCACCAAGGGCAGCGCCGGCGUUCGGCCUGCUGCUGCAACCUGGAAGUGAGCCUGACUAUUUUGAGGACUCUACUUUUCAUGACCGAGGGCACAAGAGGGGCAAACAAACGUCGCUGCUGGACAGGAGGGAAAUCAACGUCGUGGUCGUAAAUUUGGAAGGUUUAAAGGGUGGAGUGUGUGGCUCUUUGUAUGAAUGAGUAACUAAAAAUGUGGAAAUAAUGUUGAAGGGGCUGAAGGUCAAACUUCCCCAGCUUAAAGCCCCCUAUAAAUGAUUUGAAAAGAACUUUAGGAUUGAAAUCAGAAAGGGGAGAGGGGGCGGGAGAACUGCAACUACACAAAUGAAGAAUGUUCUCUGUUAUACACGUGAAUGGCAUUUGAAUCUCACAAGAAGGAGGAGGAUUUUAAGAACCUGAACUAUGCAUGAUGAAUGAGUCCUUAAACUUUAACUUGACCCACACAGGUGCUAGAAAUUAUGAAAUCUGAAAUACGUUAUUUAGAGGGAAGAGAGUUGACAUAAGACUAAAGGUGUAAAGAUAUAGUUUACAGAUAGGACGUAUUGGAAGAAAUAAAUAUAUUUAGAAUUGAAUAGUGUUUUUUUAUAGUGCUAAUGAUUAUGUUGGGCUGGGGACUGGGGGGGGGUCGUUAAUAAGAUUGUAACGGGUGCUGAUUGCACUUUAUUUCUUUAUUUUUGCUUUGAUAUCAAAGGCUAUCCCAUGUUUGAUUUGGACUAUAUUUAUUGCACAUUAAAAUCUUAAGUAAUGACAUGUGUUGGGAAUGUGUGCCCUCAAAGCUACAAGCUGUUUAUUUUCUGCAACUUCUGAAACAUUGAUGAUGAGUAACAUACAUUUUUGAUACACUGAAGGAGGGCUGAACAGUAUCAGAGUUUAUUGAAGUACUUUCUUUUUGCAGUGUACAUUGUGGUAUUUCAAAAUAAAAGCACUUUAAGCUUU